AUGACAACUUCUAAAGUGAUUUCUCAGGAUUCAUCAAUGAUAUCAAAGAUUCGACCAUUUCUCUAUCUAAGUGGAUUAGCACCACUUACGCCAACAUCACUUAGACCAUUUACCUGUGUGAUCAAUUGUGUCGCAGGUUUACGACAAAUUCUACCAUCGCACCUUUCUGUGCUUCAUAUACCAAUUGAAGAUGAUGAAGGAACAGAUUUAAGUCCAUAUUGGCAUAUUGUAUUUCGUAAAAUUGAUGAUCAAAAAAGAAAUGGUGGCAAAGUGCUCAUCUUUUGUGGUAUGGGCAUAUCCAGGUCAGCAACUUUUGUUGUUGCAUAUUUGAUGUGUGUGGAAAAGAUGACAUUACGAGAUGCUUAUAAAGAAGUGCAAAAUAUACGAAAUAUUAUUUGUCCUAAUGUUGGAUUCUUUAAACAAAUGAUCGAAUUAGAGGAAAAGCUCUACAAUCAAACUACGGUAAAAAUUAUCACACCGGUAAAUGGUGUUGAAGUACCGGAUGUUGUAUGGAAUGAAUUGUAUGAUGAGAUGAUGGAUGACAUUAACAAGAAUGGCCGCCGUUUCAUUAUCAAUAAUACUUCGAAAGAAAUUCUAAUCAAAAAUGGAUUAAAUUCAUCAAAAUGGAAUAAAUUGUUAACUAAAAUAAAAUGGAUAUCUUUAAUGGAUGUUUGGAAGAAAAAAUUUUUCCGGCAAUUGAUUCUCUCGGGUAUUCUUGUUUCCGGUAUUGAACAUCGAACCAAAAAUGCAUAA